CUUGGCUGGCGGGCACUCGGAUGUACGCGGCGGCCAGCUUUACUACCACCAGCCGGCCAAUCCUGACGUCCACCGAGCUGCACGUUACCAAUUUCAGCGAAUGGAUCGACGAGGAAGUACUACACGAGCUUUUCGGUCGGAUAGGCCGGGUGAUGCAAAUUGUAAUGGGCCGGAGCGUGUACGGGUACCGUGAGGCGUAUGUGUCGUUUAGGUCGGCCAUGGACACGGAGGAGGCACACUUGCAGCUCAACGGAUGGGAUAUGGGCGAUGGGUUUGCGCUCCGCGUGCGACAUUCUUACACCGUGCACGGUGGAGCACCAGUUUCGCCGGCCGAGUUCCAGCGCCUGCAGACGAACCGAUUCCUCGGUGGGUACGUGCGCGUGUCCGGCUUGGGGCAGUCGUUCGGAGCGGUGCGGCUGCGCGAACUGUUUGGGACGUAUGGCCUCCUGAGGGAUGUGUCCGUGCUGCGGGAUCAGCACCGAGAGCCGCUCGGUUGGGCGAUAUUGCGCUACCAGAGCGAUAAACAGGCCCUUUUCGUCUCCCGCAUUAUGGACAACAGCGUGGUGGACGAUUCCCGUCUCAAGGUCGUGAAGCUGUCCAACCAACUAUUGCCGUUCACUGACGCUGUUCCGAUCGACUUGAGCACAGCAUUUAUUCCGGCGGUGGCUACCUCAUCGGCUGCUUCAUCCCUCUUCCCAAGAGCCUGGUUGGGUGUGUAAUGUCUUCCACGUGCUUUCGUCCAGUCGCUGUUGGAUUCCAUAUCGCUCAUUCUAAAGCUUCGUUUAUCAGCGAAGCAUGCAUCCUGGCAGAGUGAAGUGGAUCCCACGCUGAAGAAUAGUGAUCGAGUGCAAGUAAA